AACAGAGUAGGGUGCUUCGUGUUGGAGUUAGGCUCUUAUGCGGAAUCUCACUCCGCACGUGAGUGUUUAUGCUAAUUUUUUAAGUGGUUAAUAUGAAUUACGAAAGGGAACAAAUAUAUCUUGGCCAACUCUUCGAUGAGGUUGCGACUGAUGAGGAGCCACUUGAUGACGACUCGAGUUUGCAGGAUGAUGAUGAAGAGACUCAAGAUCAUAACACGGAUGAUGAGCAAGAUAUUGAUGACCUAAACAACAUCUUGGAUCUUCCAGAUGAAAUAAUGGAAGAAGUGGCGCACGAAAAAGCUGCAUAUUACAUUGGAAAAGAUGGUCAAACCAAGUGGAGAAAGCAUCCAGGAAAUUCUCAGGUACGGACAAGCGCCCUAAAUAUUAUCAAGUUUCUUCCUGGGGUAAAGGGAAAUGCAAAAGGGUUAAAAUUUGCUGCAGAGAUCUGGAGUCUAUUUUUCACAAAUGAAAUGUUGCAAGUCAUUGUUGAUAAUACAAAUAUCUACAUUGGAAUGUGCAAUUUACAUCCAAACAAACGAUCAGCAAGGCCCACAGACAUUGAGUUGAAAGCGCUUAUAGGAUUGCUUUAUAUAAUAUGUUCGAUGCCAAAAAAUAGUCGGGUAAAUGCCUCCGACUUAUUUAGAACAAAUGGAACAUCCAUGGAAAUAUUUCGUUUGACAAUGUCUCGGGAAAGAUUCAGAUUUUUGUUGCAGUAUAUUCGUUUUGAUAAUAAAAAUACUAGAAUAGAGAGACAAAAAUAUGACAAAUUAGCACCGAUCCGGGAGAUCUUUGAUUCAUUCAAUUCUAAUUUGUCUAAAUGUUUUUGUGUUUCCGAGCUCACAACAAUGGAUGAAAUGUUGGUGGCAUUCCGAGGGAGAUGCAGGUUUCGAGCAUAUAUGUCCAACAAACCUAACCGAUAUGGUAUCAAAAUAUAUUCUUUAGUGGACGCAAAAUUGUUUUACACUGCGAACAUGGAAAUUUAUGUUGGGCAACAACCGAUUGGACCUUAUAAAGUUCAAACUGAUAAUGUUUCCCUCCUUUCCCGUCUUUGUCACCCCAUCUCAGGAAGCAGCAGAAACAUUACCAUGGACAAUUUCUUUACCAGCAUAGCUGUUGCUAACGCUAAUGUUGACAAAGCAACCAUAGUAUCGUAUAUUCCCAAUAAAAAUAAAAAUGUGCUUAUGUUGUCCACUAUGCACCGUAAUGAAGACAAAAUAGAGCAAGAAACUGGAAACUACAAAUAAUAGUUGAUUACAAUCAAACUAAAGGUGGUGUUGAUACAGUGGACAAGAUCUGUGCGGCCUAUGAUUGUGCCAGAGCUACUCGUUGCUGGCCAAUGGUUAUAUUUUUUAUGCAACUUAAUAUAGCUGGAAUAAACUCCUUCAUUAUUUUCAAGAGCAAUUCAAAAUAUAUAGAUGAUACACCUCGAAGAAUAUUUCUAGAGAAUCUUGGUAUGCAGUUACUAGACGGACACAUACGAGGAAGAGCUACUAAUAAUUGGAUACCACGUACCAUUAGACUUCGCCUUAGAGAAAUUUUACAUUUACCACUGCAGGAAGAGUUAUCCAAACCAGAAACCACAAACAUAAAACGACGCUGCUUUUAUUGUGAUAGAAAGAAAAAUAGACCAAUGAGAUUUAGCUGUGCAUACUGUAACAAACCUAAUUGUUCGGAACAUGCCAACUACAUGUGUAGUGACUGUAUGGCUGGUGAAAGUGACGAAGAUUGACGAUAUUAUUUUAGUCAGAGUUUAGGUUAAAAGUUUUAUUGUUGUUUUUUGAAAUGUAAUCAUCUUUUGUUUAUGUUGAAAAUUUGUUAGAAGUUCUGUUUUUGUUUUUGAUAAUGAUAUUUUCGAUUCUGUGAUUCUUACAAUUUAAAAAUUGUUAUUUUUUAUUAAAGAUUUUCUGGGCUUUUGGAUUUAAAUAAUUUACCUUCAAAAUGUGUAAAUAUAUUUAUAUUUGAUGUGUUUAUAUAUUUCCACCAAGACUAAUAUAGUUAUACAUGAUUUUUGAUAAUUUUUCGCUGAAAAAAAAGAUAUGCGGAGUGUGAGUCCGACGUUAGUAUUUAUGUCACAUAGGUCC